CACACUGACAGAAUCAAGUUUAGUUGCAUUGAUCUUUAACAUCAUGCCGUGCGGAAGCUGUCGAUGGCAGUGUUUACUGGGCUUGUUCUGGCUGACUCAGCAGUGGACAGCAGUUGAAGCGGACUUCCUAGAGGACUCGUAUCCGGCCAGUGUGCUAGAGGAUGCGAAACUGUCGACGGUCCAGUUGUUGGCCAAGUACAAAUAUCCAGGCGAAACCCACACAGUGACCACCGAGGACAAGUACGUGCUGCAGAUGCAUCGCAUUGCCAGACCGGGUGCUAAGCCCGUGCUGCUGAUGCAUGGACUGCUGGACAGUUCAGCAACGUGGAUCCUAAUGGGCCCACACAGUGGUCUAGGCUAUUUCCUCUAUGACGCGGGCUACGAUGUUUGGCUGGGGAAUGCUCGGGGCAAUCGCUACUCGCGAAGCCAUGUCAAACUCAAUCCCAACACGGAUAAGGCUUACUGGAGUUUCUCGUGGCAUGAGAUUGGAUACUACGAUCUGCCCGCCCUAAUCGAUGCGGUGCUAUCUAAAACGGGCUAUCAGAAGCUGAGUUACUUUGGGCAUUCCCAGGGCACCACCUCCUUCUUCGUGAUGGCCUCAACUCGGCCGGAGUAUAAUGCGAAGAUCCAUGUGAUGAGCGCGUUGGCGCCAGUGGCCUUUAUGACGAACAUGCAAUGCCCGUUGAUAGGCGUUGGACAGAGAGUCCUCCCUUUGAUUGGAGAGAGACAGGAAAUAUUGCCAUACUAUAAGGAUUUUAGUAUCUGCAUGCUGUCGGAGUCUGUUAUGGAGCUCUGUAUGUUUUACUUAUGGAGGUUGAUUGGAAAGGAUCCAGCGGAAAUGAAUAUGACCAUGUUACCGGCAAUUCUGACCCAUGUGCCUGCAGGAGCAAACUCUAAUCAGUUCCUCCAUUACUUACAGCUGCAAAAGUCCGAUCGUUUCUGUUCAUACGAUCAUGAUGCGAAGGAGAACCAGCGCAUUUAUGGACGAAGCAAACCCCCGGAUUAUGCUUUGGAAAAAAUAAGUGCUCCUGUCGCUCUCUAUUAUACACAGAAUGAUUAUUUGAGUGCUGUGAAGGACGUCAAGCGUCUGAUUAAGCGACUGCCCAAUGUUGUAGAGGAUCACUUGUAUCCAUACAAGAAAUGGAAUCACAUGGACAUAGUCUGGGGCAUCAGCACUAGGCGCCUGGCACAGCCUCACAUGCUGGAGGUCAUGCAGCGCUAUGAAGCGGUUGGAGCACAGAAUGGAACAAGUUUAAGUCCGGAAGACACUCACAGCACGACGACGGAAAAUGCGCAGACGACUGAGCAGACCACUGAGCAGUCUGAGAGCUUUCUUUCACACUCUCUUAACAGACUCAUAAAUUACAUUUUUAGCGACUAAGCUUUGAAAUGAGUCUUCUGUGUAUCGCAAUGAG